CCUGUCCCCAGUGCCAUGACACGGGAGGGGCAGUUCAGGGAGGAGCUGGGCUACGACCGAAUGCCCACACUGGAGCGGGGACGGCAGGACCCAGGCCGGCAGGACCAGGGCAGCUACACCCCUGAUGCAAAGCCUGGCGACCUUCAGCUGUCUAAGAGGCUGCCCUCGUGCUUCAGCUACAAGACCUGGGUCUUCUCCGUGUUGAUGGGGAGCUGCCUUCUUGUGACCUCGGGAUUCUCCCUCUACCUGGGCAACGUGUUCCCCUCUGAGAUGGAUUACUUACGGUGUGCAGCGGGCUCUUGCAUCCCCUCAGCCAUUGUGAGCUUCGCUGUUUCAAGGAGAAAUGUCAGUGCGAUUCCCAACUUUCAGAUACUGUUUGUUUCCACAUUCGCUGUCACCACCACGUGCUUGAUAUGGUUUGGGUGCAAACUGGUCCUGAAUCCAUCAGCAAUCAACAUAAACUUCAACCUCAUUCUGCUCCUCCUGCUGGAGCUUCUCAUGGCAGCCACAGUGAUCAUCUCUGCACGGUCCAGUGAGGAGCCCUGCAGGAGGAAGAAGGGCUCCAUCUCCGACAGCAGCAACAUUCUGGAGGAAGUGCCAUUUCCUGCUCGGGUCCUGAAAUCCUAUUCGGUGGUCGAGGUCAUCGCUGGUGUCUCUGCUGUCCUCGGUGGGGUCAUUGCUAUGAACGUGGAUGAAGCAGUCUCAGGCCCACACCUCUCAGUGACAUUCUUCUGGAUCUUAGUGGCUUGUUUUCCAAGCGCCAUUGCCAGUCAUGUGACGGCGGAGUGUCCCAGCAAGUGCCUGGURGAGGUGCUGCUGGCCAUCAGCAGCCUGACGUCCCCACUGCUGUUCACGGCGUCCGGGUACUUGUCCUUCAGCGUGGUGAGGCUCGUGGAGAUCUUCAAAGAUUACCCACCAGCCAUCAAAUCCUAUGACCUGCUGUUGCUGCUGCUGCUGCUGGUGCUGCUGCUGCAGGGCGGCCUCAACACUGGCACCGCCAUCCUGUGUGUGAGCUUCAAGGUCAGCGCGAAGCUGCAGUGCACAUCCUGGGACACCCAGGCUGGCCACCAGGAGCGCCCAGAGGGGGAGGUGGCCAGAAGCCCCCUGAAGGAGUUUGACAAGGAGAAAGCCUGGAGAGCCGUUGUGGUGCAGAUGGCCCAGUGA